AUGAACUUCUACCCUGCACCCCCUGUGGUCCAGGCCGAAAUAUUCGUGCGGAUCCCAGAUGCAUUGAGAUGCACGGGACAACCCACCGAUUGGAGAGGUGGAUCAAGUAGUCCUCCAUCGGAAAUUUUCCUAGAGGGGCCUACCUACCUCAGCACCGGAGACCUCUACGUGACCGACAUUCCUUACGGUCGAAUAUUAAAGAUAGACGCCCAAAAACAUGUGACUGAGUGCAUUCGUUAUGAUGGGGAGCCAAAUGGACUCGUCGUGCGUGAUGACGGGUGUAUGAUUGUCGCGGACUAUAAGCAAGGGCUGUUACUGUUCGACCCAGUUGCACAAACCAUUUCCCCUCUUUUGACACGACGAAACCUGGAACGCUUCAAGGGUCCUAAUGACCUAAUCGUGUCUUCCAAAAAGGAAAUCUAUUUCACAGACCAAGGCCAGACGGGCAUGACUGAUCAAACUGGGCGAGUAUACCGGCUGUGCCCUGAUGGAAAGCUCGACUGCCUCGUUGACAACGGAAUAUCCCCCAAUGGAAUCGCCCUGUCACCGGAUGAGCAGUUCUUAUAUGUGGCCAUGACUCGGUCAAAUGCUGUGUGGCGACUGCCUCUCCACGCAGAUGGCUCCACCUCAAAAGCGGGGCUAUUCUUUCAAUCAUUUGGGAGUUCUGGACCGGAUGGGCUGGCCGUCGACGAGGAGGGGAGUCUUUUUAUCUGCCAUCCCAGCCUCGGGUCCGUCUUUGUGGUCGAUGCGGAAGGGGUUCCUAAAGCUCGAAUCGUCACUGCGGCUAACGGAGGAAAGAAUCUGACGAAUUGCACAUUCGGAGGAGAGGAUGGAAGGACAGUCUUCAUUACCGAUAGCAUGAAAGGCAACAUUCAGUGCGUGAGGUGGCAUUGUAGGGGUGCGGCGCGAACCCCUUGA